UUUCAAAUACCAAUGUGGAUUUAUUAGUUCUGGGGUUUUGGCUAGUCUACACCUGACGACUCUCGGCGGGGCACUAGUCGUACCAACAAAAAGGAUCAUAACCUAAAAAUUUGUAUCUGUCAAAUAUCACGAGUCCGAAUUGGGAAACUUGAAGCACGUAGUUUGAUAAAAAAAUUCAACCGAUUCGUUAUUGGCUACCAAGAGCAGGUGUUGAAUUAACGUUGAAAUGUUUACGGUACAACAAUAAAUGCAGCUGAUCUCUAUGAUUUGACAGUCGUGCUAACAACAAUGGAGACUGAUUAUUUCGAGGAUAACGAGGAUCAACUACCCGACGAUCUUGAGGAUGAUGUCGUGCAAGAAAUCCUCAAAACUGGCACUGAUUUGCGCCAAUAUUCUCGGCAAAUUGAAAAAGAACUUAAAGAAGUCGAAAAUCAAUCUGUUCAAGAUUAUAUAAAGGAGAGUCAAAAUAUAGCCAGUCUGCACAAUCAAAUAGCUGCGUGUGAUAAUAUUCUUGAGAAAAUGGAAUCGAUGCUCCUUGGGUUUCAAACUGACCUUGGCAGCAUUAGUACAGAAAUUCUCGAACUCCAGAGAAAAUCUGUAUCGAUGAGCCAACAGUUGUCCAAUCGUCAAAUGAUUCGAGGACCCUUGAGCCAGUUUAUCGAAGACAUGACUGUUUCUGAAGGCCUCAUCAAUGCUAUCAUGGAUGUCCCUGUAACGGAGAAAGAGUUUCUCACACAGCUUCAGACAUUGAAUCACAAAAUAGGUUUUGUAAAAGAACAAAGUUUCAAAGAAGCAAAAGCUUGUUUAGACGUGAAGGAUGUAAUUGACAAGUUGAAAGUGAAGGCAAUGUCAAAAAUUCGCACUUAUCUUUUGGAACAAAUUUACAAGUUCCGAAAACCAAUGACGAAUUAUCAAGUGCCACAAAACAAUAUGCUCAAAUACAAAUUUUUCUUCGAGUUCAUUCUAGCCAAUGAAAGGAACGUCGCUGAAGAAAUUUGUGGUGAAUAUGUUGAUACUAUGAGCAAAAUUUAUUACUCGUAUUUCAAGUCCUAUUCGUCGAGAUUGGCUAAGCUUAAAUUUGAAGAAAGCGCAUCGAAGGAUGAUUUGAUGGGAGUCGAAGACACUGCUGGGCGAGGAAUUUUUCACAAAAGCUCUCUGCGUCAUCGAGGAACCGUUUUUUCAAUAGGCACAAGGGGUGAAGUCCUUGGCUCCCAAUUAGAAGCACCAAUAAUUGUGCCUCAUACAGCAUCAAAAACUAGAUAUCAAUAUGAAGCUCUGUUUCGUAGCGAGCAAUAUGCCUUAGUAGACAAUGCUUGUCGGGAAUAUUUAUUCCUCGCCGAAUUCUUCAAAGUUCGAGGCGUGCAGGCAAUGGAUAUUUUUAAUCAAGUAAUGGGUAGCACUUUGAGUCUCAUGGUGAAGAAUCUCCAACAUUUCGUCGACGAUUGUUACGACACUAUUGCCCUUUUUCUUUGCCUCCAUCUCGUAAUGCGAUAUCAAAUGACUUGUCACAAACGAGCUGUUCCAGCUCUCGAUAAAUAUUGGGACAAUUUGACGUCGAUCAUAUGGCCGAGAUUCGAGGAGGUUUUUAACUUGAACAUUCAAAGCAUCAAAGACUGUGAUCCUCUUAAAUUCAAUAAGGAAACUGGGCCUCAUUACAUAACACGAAGAUAUGCGGAAUUCAGUGCAGCAAUGGUCGGGGUCGGUGAAGAUUUUCCAUGCGAGCGUGCAACACAAUUAUUGGCUCAGCUUCGCGAGGCUGUGCAAUGUUUCCUGCUACGAAUGGCAGCGAUAUUUCCCAACAGAACUCAACAGCUCGUGUUUUUAAUAAACAAUUAUGAUCUUGUUCUCGGAGUGCUUAUGGAACGUACGAGAGACAAUUCGAAGGAAGCAGAGAGUUUUCGGGAGCAAUUAAACGCUCGUUCGUCAGAAUACGUGGAAGAAGUUUUGAGUCCGCAUUUCGGUGGGAUAAUUCAAUUAGUGAAAGAAUCCGAGGCUCUAAUAGAGAAAGGACUGGUGGAAGAUCUUAAGAGGCACGAAAGCCGAGCUCUCGAUCUCGUGCAAUCCUUCACCAACAAUUGGAAGCGUUCGCUCGAGGACAUAAAUGGUGAAGUUUUACGUUCUUUUCCAAAUUUGGUACUAGGAGCUGCCCUCGUUCAGAGAGCGAUGACACAAUUAGUGCAAUAUUAUCACAGACUCCACAAAAUAUUGCCGGCGAAUGCGAGAACUCAACUCACCAAUAUUCAUCACAUUAUGGUUGAGAUUAAAAAAUACAAAACCAAUUAUUGAUACGUUCAGUCAUGAUCAACGAGUGUUCGUUGACUUUUAAUCAUUCCUUGAAGAAAAUCUCCAUGCGAGAAUUGCAAUAUUUCGAUUCGGGAAUAUCGUGUGAAAUUCUAUUGCAUUAUUUUAUUUGUAAAAAUGAAUUUUUAAUUGGAAAUUAGGCAAUUUAUGAACGAAGGAAAAAGAAAAUCAAUUUUCAUGAAAAAAAAACGAUUCUGUACAUUUAUUUAUGUAAAUUACAAAAACAGGUGAAAUACAUAUAAAACGUAAAAACUAAUCAAUGGUUUCAAGACCAUUCUAUACAAAAAUCUUUGUUAAAUCCUCUCGAUUUGAAUGUGUCUGUGUGCUGAUAUUUUUUACACUUUUCUUUUGUGAGCGUUAGUACGGGUGAUAGAAUCAUAAAUUAGUACCAUCGUGUGGAUUAAUCGUGUACCUUAAAAAUAAACGGUCAGACGGGAAGUUCAUCGACGACCGAUUUGAAAAAUAUUUCGUCGAAGAAUUUUCCGUAGUCUGUCAUAAUACCUUUGA